AUGCUCUCAAAGGAAGCCUCAGUGAAGUCAGCAUCACUGACGUCAGGAACCACUCUGGCCGAAGACAUCCACUGUGAAGACACACCCCCUGUGAAGCCGUCAGGAGCUACUCUGUCUGAAGACACCCCCUGUAAAUCACUCUGCCUGAAGACACUCCCUGUAAAGACGUCAGGAAUCACUCUGCCUGAAGACACUCCCUGUGAAGACACAUCCGCUGUGAAGACGUCAGAAACAACUCUGCCCGAAGACACCCAUUGUGAAGACGUCAGGAAUCAGUGUCUGAAGACACCCACUGUAAAGACACGUCAGGAGCCUCUCUCCCCGAAGACACCUCCUGUGAAGCCGUCAGGAGCUACUCUGUCUGAAGACACCCCCUGUAAAUCACUCUGCCUGAAGACACUCCCUACACCUGUGAAGACGUCAGGAAUCGCUCUGCCCGAAGAGACCCCCUGUGAAGACACGUCGGAAAUCAUUCUGCCCGAAGACACCCAUUGUGAAGACGUCAGGAAUCACUGUCUGAAGACACCCACUGUAAAGACGUCAGGAAUCGCUCUGCCGGAAGACACUCCCUGUGAAGACACACCCCCUGUGAACACGUCAGGAGCCUCUCUCCCCGAAGACACCUCCUGUGAAGACACACCCCCUGUAAAGACGUCAGGAAUCACUGUGCCCGAAGACAUCCCCUGUGAAGACACACCCAUUGUGAAGACUUCAGGAAUCCUUCUGCCCGAAGAUACCCCCUGUGAAGCCGUCAGGAAUCAGUGUCUGAAGACACCCACUGUAAAGACGUCAGGAAUCGCUCUGCCCGAAGACACUCCCUGUGAAGACACACCUCCUGUGAAGCCGUCAGGAGCUACUCUGUCUGAAGACACCCCCUGUAAAUCACUCUGCCUGAAGACACUCCCUGUGAAGACGUCAGGAAUCACUCUGCCUGAAGACACUCCCUGUGAAGACACACCCCCUGUGAAGCCGUCAGGAGCUACUCUGUCUGAAGACACCCCCUGUAAAUCACUCUGCCUGAAGACACUCCCUGUGAAGACGUCAGGAAUCACUCUGCCUGAAGACACUCCCUAUACACCCUUUGAAGACGUCAGGAAUCCAUCUGCCCGAAGACACCCCCUGCGAAGACGUCAGGAGCUACUCUGCCUGAAAACACCCCCUGUGAAGACGUCAGGAAUUACUCUGCCAGAAGACACCCCCUGUGAAGACGUCAGGAGCCACUCUGCCUGA